CAGGAUGUCUGAGAAUGAUGCAUUCGAGUUCUUUUUCAAUGGUAGUCGGGGAAUUGGGAUGCCGUAAGCUGACUUUGGUAUCUUUUUUGCAGGACCAUGACUGCAUGAUUUGAUUGAACAGCUGACUAUGAACGAUUGGCAGAGUCCACCCCCAGCACCUUGGUCUGCAAUUGAUGCUAUGCCUACUGUUACAAUCACACAGAAGCAUCUUAAGACCAAUUUAGCUUGCCCAGUUUGUACAAAUGAAUUUGAGUUGGGCUCUGCAUCAAGGCAGAUGCCAUGUCAUCACAUAUACCAUUCUGCUUGCAUCAUUCGUUGGUUGGUUAGGACCAACUCGUGCCCCCUUUGCCGCCUUGGGCUGCCUCUACUAGGUCCAAGUAGUGUUCCCAGUGAUGGGAGGUCAAGCACUGGGACUGGAAGCAGCAGCGGUAGCAACAGUGAGUACCCAGGAGGAAGUAGCUCAACAAACACCUAUGGGAGAAAUCCAUUAUCGUCGCCUUUGUGGUCAUCAAACCGAACCACUUAUCAACACCCAGAAGGAAAUAUCUCAACAGGCACUUAUGAACAGAUUGGUAUGGCUCACGAUGGAUGGCCAUUUGAUUAUUAAGGUUGUGUUUUGCUGGAACUCAGCUUUCUUUUCUUUGUUGCAUGGUUUUGUAAGUAACUCAUGAUCUUAAAUAACACUUGUACAUAUGCAGGUGGAUGGAAUUGGUCUCAGAAAUUGGCUUAAAUCGGCUUAUUCAAUUUGUCUGAAUGGUUGUGGUUGCUCUUAAAGUACUUCUACUUUGGUCCUUAAAAUCCUUUGUUAGUUUUUGAUUUGUGUCAUGAAAGUUAUGCUGAGUUAUUGAUGUCCCGAAAGUUUUCAGAGUUACUUAGAAACUGUAAUCAUUGUUUCUUGUUUCUUACUACACCUUUAUAUCCUCAGCCUUGCACUGAAGCAGGAAGAGAAUGAUAGUAAAGUUGCAGAAAGGCAAAGGGGUACUAGAAAUUAGUGGUUCUUAUAAUGCCAACAACAUUGUCCAAUUGUUGAAGUUUAAACAUUUAUAUCAGUGAGGUUGUUUGGUUGCCGACUGAAUAGGUUUUCGUUGAACUGAGAUUGGAUAACCUUUGUC